GAAGUGCAGAAAUGUUCAGUAGGACGUCAGUUGUACAGUCAGUCAUUUACAUGUGGGAAAAGUUUUAUUACAAAUAAACAAAUACAUCGCUUUAUCAGCGUGAGACAUGACAAUAAAGCUACGGUGAGUUUGUAUCCGACUUAAAGCUACUGUAUCGCAGGGAGACUGCAGCUGGACACCAAACACACCCCUUUUCGGGCAAAGUUCACACGUGUUUUCGGGGUCGCGUGUCAUUUCACCGUUAUGGAGGCGUUGAUUAGGGCGUGUUUGUGUUGUAAUGCCACGUCUACUGCUGUGUGACAAUAAUAAUAACACGCAUCCUGAGUCAGUUUAGUCACGAAGGCGACGGAAACAAUGGCAAAAAGUGGCCGGAGGCUCCGACCUGCUCAGGUGAACGGUGGUGCUGGUGGUGUCUCGGUGUCCGGGUGUCCGCCGACCGGAGCGUGUCGCGCUCGUGCCUUCCGCUUGUGUCUUUGGCGCGCGCUGCCGGUGAUCCUGAUCGUCCUCAUGCUGAUGUUGGUCAUUGGCUCUUACCUGUGCAGCUACCCCAGCAUCACUGACAGCCCAAAGUACAGCGCAGAUCUGUUUAAGGACAAGCUCUCCCACAAGCCCAGGAAGUUACCUCUGGCUCAGGUGCGUAAGCUUGCUGCUCAGGUCGAUAGCACUCGACUUUGGGAGACCCACCUGCGGCCCAUACUGAUCGAGAGGGUUCCAGGUACAGCAGGGAGCAAAGCUGUACUCCAGCACAUCGUCUCCCAGCUGCGUUCCCUCUCUGCAGGCUGGACUGUAGAGGAGGACUCGUUCCAGUCAUCUACUCCGAAAGGACCCGUGACCUUCAGUAAUAUCCUGGCUGUACUUGACCCCUCUGCCCCCCGCAGGCUCCUCUUUGCCUGCCACCAUGAUUCCAAAAUCUUACCCCGAGACCCCAAAGACCCACAGCGAGUGUUUAUUGGAGCUAGCGAUUCAGCCGUACCCUGUGCCAUGCUGCUAGAGCUUGCAUCAGCGCUGGACACAGAGCUUAAAUCCCUGAAACAGCAGAGGUCUGCGUUGACGCUGCAGCUUGUCUUUUUUGACGGAGAGGAGGCGUUUGAGGAAUGGACAGAUACAGACUCUCUGUACGGCUCACGUCAUCUGGCUGAGCUCAUGGCUCACAUGCCUCAUCCUCCAGGCUCCACACACACCACACAGCUGCAGGCAGUGGAUCUAUUUGUGCUGCUGGACUUACUCGGAGCUGCAGAGCCUCUGAUUGUCAAUCAUUUUGAUAACACAGCUCACUGGUUUGAUCGUCUUAUUGCUGCAGAGAGGAGGCUGCAGCGCCAGGGCUUACUGUCAUCACAAGGUUCAGAAAAAAACUACUUCAGGAAAGACGUUUAUCUGGGACCAGUGCAGGAUGACCAUGUUCCAUUCUUGCUUCGAGGUGUACCGGUGCUGCACUUGAUCUCAACACCAUUCCCUCCAUUCUGGCACACGCUCGAGGACACAGAGGAGAACAUGCACCGGCCCACAGUCGAGAACCUCACCAAGAUUCUAGCCAUCUUCCUGGCUGAAUACCUGCACCUCUGAGCCGACUUAGACUCUCCUUCUAAACACACGUGUAUGAAGUGACGCACUGUAUGUUACAUACUGGACAAUAGCGAUGAUGUAAUACAUCAAGGUCACAUACAGGCACAGCAUCUGCUGUGGAAAUGUGGUAUGAUUAUUUUUAUUAUUCUAUCUGCUGAAACAAGAGCCAUAAACACACAUGCUUUGGCAGCUGAUCGGGUCAAUAUCCACGCUAAAAAAGCAGACAUGCAGACCGUGGUGAGCCUGCAAAAGUUUGAGCCAUUAAUUGCUAACCUGUUGCUUGGACAGUGCUGGUUAGAUUUGAAUGUAUCUUAAUAAUAAAUUUUGUUAUUAAGAUAUCAGCAGGACCUGUGAGAUUGAGAGCGACCUCAUAUUCCAGUUUCGGUGAAAUAGGAAUAUCUGAAGCUGGUUUUAAACCCGUUCUCAGUACCAAAUUAUCAUGUACUUACUGAGACCAUGUGCUGUUGCCUAAUCUGGAACUGUUAUGCAUGUUUCCAUUUAAAUGAAUUUAAUAGGAACUGAGGAACAGAAACCCUGCAAAUAAAUAAACAGAAUGUAAGCUAGACUGCUAAUGCUAUCAAAUUUUUAUUUGAGCAGCUACACACUUAAAAUAAAAAGCAAUAAAUCAUCUGCUCUGUA